GGAGGGUCAUGUAUAUAGAGGUGUGGUCGGAGGGGAAGCCUUGAGUGUUGGAGUGCAGACCCGGCGAGCGCGUGGUGGACUGAGCGCGUGUUGCCUGCGACAUACUCCUGAGCAGAGGCUGCUGGUUGCCGGCGUCCUAGGACCGCCCGCCAUGCCCUGCCCCCGGACCCUCGCCGCGGCGGCCGCCGUACUGCUCUUCCUGGCCGGUCCCUCCCCGGCCUGUGCGGGGUUUUUCAGAAAUGUCAUCCUGACAGAGACGCAAGAGGAGACGGUGAGGAAGGUGGACGGACUCCUUAAUCAAUUUCUAGAGAACAUCCGCCGCAUGUACUACAAGAAGUAUCCUCCCCUGAAAUCCCAUCCUCAUGAGGGGUUCGCUUUCAAGGAUUACUCAGUAGAGGCCUUUACUAUCCAAGAUCUCAAUCCAGGCACAAGCAGUCCUGUAGAAAUUCCUCUCCAUACAAACAUCUGUAAAGAACAGGAAGGGAAUGAUGCCCAGAGAGGAAUGGACCCUGGAAGAGACACGCAGGAACCUCCAAUUGUUGUCGAUGAGAAAGGAGGUGACAGAGCGGACGGUAAGGAGGGACCUCCUGUUGCUUUCGACGAGAAGAAGCAUGGUCAGGAUUUUUCUGGAAAUGCCAUGGGCGCCGCCCUCGAGUACGAUGGUAGCAGAAUUUGGUUCCCAGACAACUAGGGAGCCACUCAGAGGGCAAGACAUAUGUUGAGGAGAGUCUGGCCGACCUGGAGGAGUAGAUUGUAAUGUCGAGGUAAAGAACUUUAAUGAAAUUACCUUCAGAUCUGGUUGAACAAUUUGUUCUUGUGUAUUAAUUACAUGCUUACAGUUUA